CUUUCUAGCCUCUGAUAAAGAACAGAGAAGAAGACAGAAGCUCGGCUGAUCCUUCCUGCUGUACAGUGACUGAAUCACUGAAUCAAACUGUUCUCCUGACAUGGACUGACCAGGGAAGGUGACACAUUGUCUGGGUUACUUGGACCAAUGUUUACAGUCAGGUGUGUUUUGGGAACAUCUACAAAGUGUUUGGCCUCUCUGCCGGCUUGGAGACAGAAGAUCAAGCUGCAGAGCAGGAUGUCAACUUUACCUCGCCCGGUGGCUGCGGUGUGUCAGGUGACAGCCACCCCGGACAAAGAGGCCAACUUCUCUGCCUGCAAACAUCUGGUGGAGGAAGCCAAGGAGAAAGGAGCCAGCAUGGUCUUCCUGCCCGAGGGCUUUGAUUACAUCGGAUCCAGUCGGGAGGAGACGCUGUCGCUGUCCGAGAGCCUGACGGGAGACACAAUCUCACAAUACACUCAGCUGGCCAGGAAGUUGGAAGUGUGGCUUUCUCUUGGAGGAUUUCACGAACGAGGACACAACUGGGAGUCUGACAGACGAAUCUACAACAGCCACAUCAUAAUUAAUGAUAAAGGUGACAUCGUUUCAGUCUACAGGAAGUCUCAUUUGUUUGACGUGGAAUUGCCAGAAAAAGGUGUUUCCCUUAAAGAAAGUGCCUUCACCAUCCCUGGGCCCUGCCUGGUGUCUCCGGUCCAAACUCCCAUUGGCAAGCUUGGCUUGGGCAUCUGCUAUGAUCUGAGAUUCCCUGAGUUGUCGCUGGCUCUGCAACGGCACGGGGCCGAAAUUCUGACAUACCCAUCAGCCUUCACUGUGGCAACAGGAGCUGCUCACUGGGAGGUGUUACUACGCGCACGGGCAAUCGAGACCCAGUGCUUCGUCCUGGCGGCGGCCCAGGUAGGCCAGCACCACGAGAAGCGCUCCUCGUAUGGCCACGCCCUGGCGGUGGACCCCUGGGGCGAGGUGAUGGGCGACUGUGGGGGGGGGAGACCAGGCAUGGUGCUGGUGGAGAUCGACCUGGAGAAGGUCAGCAGCACCAGGAGGAACAUGCCGGUCCAACAGCACCGCAGAGACACUGGUUUCUAUCACAGUUUGGAGAAGACUUGACCACAAAACAGAAUGUUGUUGUCUUUCUUUUAUUUAGAUUUCCAGCUUGUUUAAUGAGAAACUGCAGGAUGGGACUGUGGAAACAAGUUUACCGUGCGAGAAAGGAAGAAUACACUCUUGUCAAAUGAAGAUUUUACUGAAUGAAUAAAAGUGUACAGAUUAUUUAAAGAGUAUUUGUUCUGCUCUGCAGGAUAAAAGUAGUGUGAACUGUAGAUUAUUAGAGAUACUCAUGGAAGAAAAUCAGCUCAGACUCAAUCAUAUUACUGGUACUGGUCAGUAGGUGGUAGUGUUGGGUUGUAAACAUAGAAGAAAUGGAAGGAAAUGGCAAAGGCUUCAAGUAGAAUAUAAUUUUCUAGUUAAAUUACUGAUGAAUUGAUCUGUUAUACUGAAUGUGUUUAAAUGAAAUAUUGUUUUGCUGAAAGAUUAUAAACUCAAACAUCUGAAACACAUCACCUUCACUUGGUUUGUCUUCUGCUUCCGGUACAAAUCAAUGCAUCUCUGUCUGACAAUGAAUGAAAUGAUGUGGAAAUGUUUCAUCUCUUCAUUGGGGCACAGACAUUGUAGUCACUUCUCUGUCGCCUAAAAUCACACAUUGUGCUUCGAGAUGCUUUAAAAUCAAAUCCUUUGGUUUCAAAGAAUGUAACAUACCUGAUAUAUCAGAAUCAGUUAUUGGAGGUUUGUCUUGGCAUCAAACAAUUACUACAGAUCAACACAAUGUCUCUCUCAUAAUAAAGAAUUGGGAUCAAAAACUACACAAACAUGUUUGGAUAGGUGAGUACUAAAAAUACUCAUUAAGCAGAAUGGCCUAUUUUAGUAGAGUAAAGUAUAUAACGGAUUAUAAUUAGUGAUGUAAUCGUGUAUAUAUAUGAACAUCUUUGGGUUCAAAUUAAGAAAAUGAUACUUUCCCAUGUUCAAACACUUUAUAGGCUGAAUAAACCAGUUAAUUGAGAAAAUGUACACAUAGCUUGAACCACUACCACAUAGAUUUAUAACCUAAGGUAACUUGUAACGUCCAUCUCUAGACUCUGCAAAAUCCUCAUUACAUUAACAAAUAGUGAUGUUAUAAAAAUGUGGAUUUAUACCGGGGUUCAGAUGUUUUUGUGUGUUUUGCUGAGGAUGGCAGGGAGAGACAAGGAU